CUCAGUUGUGUUUGUGUUGUGGCCGAGGGAGGGCGGCCGUCAGCUGAUCCUCUUCUUCGCCUCCGUCACGCCUUCACCAUGUUGAGGGCGGGAUGACCAGCUGGCUGCGAGACUCCCCACUGAGGGUGUCGCUGGGCCGGCGCCGCGCCGCCCCGCCCCCCCUGCAGGAUGUGGACCCCGCCGCGGCCUUCCACUCCUUCAUCAAGCACUGGCAACAGACGCUCGACAUCAUUGAGCGCACCAGACUCAGGGGGCAGGUGUUUGCCGACGAUGUGACCGCCGUGAUCAACCACCUGGCGCAGAUGUCCACACUGCUGCUGGUGGACCUCAAACAGAUCACAGCACACAAGCAGAGCGCCAGGGGGAGCCGUCGGAAGGACUCGCACACACCCCAGCAUGCCACCAAAAACAGCAACAACAACAACCACCACUACCCCCACCACACCCACCACCCCCUAGAGGACCCCCACUCCCUCGACGAUGGCUCGGGUGCCCCCUCCACUGCCUCCCUGCCCGCCGAUGUUCCCCCCAACACCCCCAUCUUUGAUCACUUUCUGGGGGAGGAGAUUCUCGAUAAGGUGAUGGAUUGGAGCCUCACCGCCGGGGAGUUUGUGAAUGCUCUCAAACUGGAACAACUCAAGGUCCAUGAACAGCUACUGAGCCACUCACAGCAGGAGGUGUUGGUGUACAAGCCCAUCAUCCGUCCCCUCAUGAAGCUACUCGCCUCCUGCACCAGCUGCCAGCACUCGGACGUGGAGAAGCGGCUGGUGGUGCUCCUCAACCAGCUCUGCGUCUCCCUCAUGCACAACCAGCAGCUACUCGACUUCUUCUUCCAGUUCUCCGAGGGCCAGGGACCAACCAAGUUCGUCAUCUUCUCGCUGCUGCUGCCGUAUGUGCACAGAGAGGGCGGUGUGGGGCAGCAGGCGAGGGACGCACUGCUCCUGUGCAUGGCCCUCUCUGCCUCACACACGGCGGUGGGCCAGUACAUCGCACAGCACUCACACUUCUGCCCCGUUCUGGCGACGGGUCUGAGCGGCCUGUACUCCAUGCUGCCGCGCUCCCUCAACUUGUCCUCCGAGGGCUGGCACAGACUCACCCAGGAGGACAUCAGUGACAUCCCUCAGCUGCAGCUCUUCCUCAACUCCCUGGAAUUCUGUAAUGCCGUCGUGCAGGUCUCUCACCCCCUAGUAAGGAAGCAGCUGGUGGAGUUCUUGUAUCAAGGAUUCCUCGUGCCUGUCCUGGGCCCAGCUCUGAACCAGGGCGAGACAGUCAUGGGCAAGACGGGGCCAGUCAACGCUACCGCCCUCAUGCAGUCCGUGGUGAGCGAGGUGGUGGCAGCGACGGCAUACGUGGAGCUGUGUCUGCGCACCGUGACCGAGCCGGACCUGCUGCGCGUGUUCCUGGCCUUCCUGCUCACCACGCGCGAGACCUCCAGCCCCACCCCUGACCCCCCCAUCAUCACCCAGCUGAUCUCGCGGCUACACUCGUCCAACACUCAACUGUGUCUGGUGACGCUGAGUCUGUUCUGGACGCUGGUGGACCUGAACUGUGAGGACCUGAUGCUGACGCUGGUGUUCCAGUACCUGGCGCCCUGCACACACGUCAUGGUGUCCCAGCGCCAGCGCCUCACACAGCCUCCCGAGCCAGCACAGCGUGCCUCACACAAGCUGCUGCACCUCAUACCAGAGGUCUGCCAGAGUGACAGCAGCCACAACAAGAUGGAAGCCAUCAGCCCCCCUGGAGCUGUCCCGGCCCUGCCCCAGGCCACGCCCCCGUCCCCCGGUCUGCCCCCAUGGCCUGCGGACUUUGAAUGUCUGCCACGGCCAACCCUCUACUCCGAGUACCUGGAGGAGGCCCAGGCACAGCUGGCGUCCACCUCAGCGGCCUGCACCGCCUGGACCUGGCGGUAUGACGGCCUGGAACCCUCGCCCACCCAGGCUGUGGAGCUGCUGGAGACUGCCCGCGCCAACCCCCCAGCCAUAUACCCCAAGCCCCGGACACAGUCCAACCCGGAGCCAGUGCAGGACAGUCCCCCGGGGGGCAGCACCAAGGCCCGCAGCUCCAGCAUACCCAGCGGAAUGAAGGUGUGCCCGACUGAGGGUGAGGAGGGCGGCCAGCCGGUGGUAAACGGCAGCUGUGAGGGUGGCGGCAGCACCCUGCCCCGGGCUGUCACCGGGCUGAUGGCAGAGGAGGAGAACCUUGACUCCCUGGGUGAGAGCAGCGGCUACGAGAGCUUCAACAUCCGGGCCUCGCGGGACGCCUCACCCACCAAUAGUUCCGACGGGUCACCCCGCCCCCGCCCCACUGGUGCAGCACAGGGCGGUGACUCCUUGGGGCGCCCCGCCACCACUCACGACGACGACCAGGACUUUCUUGAAACCCUGCAGCGGUCCAACACACCCACGGAGCAGAUUGGCCUGGAGGAGACCCUAUGUGAGAUAGAGCAAGCCUUCUCUGCGGUGAGGCUGUGUCCCGGCCUCAGCCCACCCUCACUCCACAACCAGGUGUUCUGUGUGGAGGUGUUCAGUGGCGAGGAAGGCGGCGGGGAGUAUGAGAGCUUCCCCUGGCAGAGUCACGAGUCCUCCCCUUCAGAGGUGCCCGACAGGAGCCUGCAGCACGGCCAAGAGAUCCAGGCCAGGCCAACGAUAGGUCCGUUCUUGGAGGCACUGCUGAUGAGGGUGGACCAGAUGCUGACCUCCUCCAUCCACGUGAACCUGCUGGCGGCCACCCUGCUGAGCCGCCUCGCCACCUUCCCCACGCCCCUGCUGACCUCCCUGCUGCUGGACGCGACCAUUGUGUUCCAGCCCGCCGUGAAGUCACUCGUGCAGGUAUUAAGUGGCCUCAAGCAGAAGAUCGAUGGUGUGCUGGUGGGCGAGGAGGCGGGUGCUCUGGUGGCGGACGCGCGAGUGUGGUUCACGGUGAGGGAGGUGGCCGCGACGCCCCACCCCUCCCCUCGGACACGCACCCCCUCCGUCUCCUCCACCUCCACCGACACCCCACUAAUGAGAGGAGAGACCAAGCGACGCAGUUUCUCCCAGACAGUGACGGCACUCUUCCGUCGGCCUCCGGAUCGCUCGCCCACCCCCAAGGAGAACCCCCCGCGCUCCCUCCAGCACCUCCCAGACAAGGCUGGGUACAGGUACACCAAGCAGGUGUCGAUGCCCAGCGAGGACAUCCUCACCCUGCCAGGUCCAGCAGCAGAGAAGAGGCAUUGUGCCCGGUGUGCCGUGCUGGUGCAGGAGUGGCUUCUGGAGCUCUCGGCGCUGGCACAGGAGCAGGUGGUAGCCAAACCUUACCUGGAGUUCACCUUCCCUUCAAGGUGACACUGACCACAGCGUGGCACAGUGCCGACCACUUCCCUGUGCCGGGCAAUGACAUGGAAGGGGAAGAGUGUCAGCCAGACGAAGACCCCGGGGCACUGGUCUCUGAGUCAAGGUCAGUCAUGGGCCAAGCUUGUCCUGGCCAUGGCUGGGAAGCAUUUAUUGGGGCGGGACAGUUCCAUGCCACACCCUUGCUGCCUCGCCGCUGGAGGUGGCGGUGGCUUACUCUUGGCUCAGCCGGGUGACUCAUGUCUUGCCUUGCUCGCACCAUCCUGUGUUAUGUUACACUCCAAGUGAUCAUGGGCAAACCUGGGUUCUUGUGUUGGGAGACUAAUAGUACUUAUGGGCUGCAGGUACCUACUCGUUAAUUUUAUAAAACUAUUACAUACUAAUGAUAAUUUCCUACUGCCAUGUUCUCCUUAGCUGUAGUUGUGUUUUGGUGUUGUGUCUUGACUACCAUUGUUGGGAGUCAGUUAUGCAGUUAGUUGUCCCUCGUGUGUGGUGGCGGUGCCAGGCAAGGAAGGCCCAGGGCUUCUGGGUGUGGGUGAGGCAGAUUCUGUGGCGUGGAAUUGUCCUGUGAUCAUGGUGACCACCGGCGGUGCCCUUGGCGGCACGGUGAGCCAGAUAGUCUCCAAAGACAGUAGUCAUAACGUGUAUAUUGUUCACUUUUUAACAACUUGUACAUAGUCUUGCAAAUAUAUAAUAUAUAUUAUAGAUUAUCAUCACCUUCAGCAUUGGUGACCUUCUUUCUACAGAGGCAAGGGAGAGAAUUUUAAAUUGGCCAUGUGACUAUUCUGACAAGUGUUCUAGACAAAAAUUGAGAUAGAGCCAAGUACCAGACCUCAGUCUUCUGUGUUGUGGGAGCUUUAUCCAGUUACCUCUUGUGGCACAGCAGAAUACAGGGAAGUGUGUCCAUGCAUGUAGUGUGUCAAGAUGGGAGGGAGAAAGUAAUGAGGAUGUGUGGGAGAGAUUUUGUGUAAGUGCUACAACAAAGGGAGUGGAUUGUGGAGUGGCUGAAAUCUGAGAUGGUUUGGGCAUGUGAUAAGUGUAGAAAAUUACUUUAUGAAGAGUGUGUAUGAGAGCAAGAUUGAGGGAAAUAGUAACAGGGAGAAACCACCAACAGGAUCAGUAGAGCAGAUGAAUAUUGGAGAGAGAGUUGACGUAUGAGGGAUUGAAUGUGCUUGUCAUGAGAGGAAGUUAAGUUGAACAUUACAGGAGGUUGAGUUCAGUGGCUGGUCUCCCCACGACUAUUUUUUGCUCGGAAUAUCUGUCAAAAUUAGCAGAUGGUCAUUCUUGCUUCCUGCCCUUCCUCUGCAGUAAACAAGGUCGCCACUGAUGGAGAUGAGAAGUGUACGUAUGCAUAUAAUAUAUUUUAUGAAGGUUUGGCUAAUUUAGAGAGAUUUCUUUUUAAUCAUAUCACAUGAGUAUAACAAUAGUAUUAGUUUUGAAGUAUUUGAAGUAUUUAUAUGAAAGAGAGUUUAUAUUAAUUUCCUCACCAAAGAGAAGGGAGUCUCAGCCGCCCGGACGCUGCUGUGGCUUUACUGAGGACUAUUGGCUUUACUGAGGAGCCCGUGUAGGGAAAUUCAGACUCGUGUGUUUGAAGCUUUUCUCCACGCUGAAAGGAGACAUUAAGGGUCGUAUUACACGUCGAAUCUGAGAAGUUUCGGGUCCCUCCGGAGUUUGGGAUGAAUGACUCUGUAGGGACCUGAAACUUCUCGGAUUCAACUUGUGCUACGGCCCUAAAAGCUAAAAACAUUGCCAGAUUAUUUCAACAUAUUAGUAUUUAUCAACAGUUAUGUGGGCUUGCUUUUUGAUGCCAAUUUUGUUAGUUGGAAUUUUCACAGUUAAGUCGACAUGUUAAAACUCCAUCUAAAAAGUGAUAUGAAAAACUAACAGAACCGACUAUUCACACCUUGCAAAACAGGUCACAGAGUUAAGUCGACACAUUACAAACUCCGUUAUAAAAAGUGGUAUAAAAAAUUAACACAACCAGCUAAAUACGCCUUUAUAAACAGGUAAAAGAAAUACAGAUCAGCCACAGUGUUGUUGAUGAAGGCUAAUAUGUUUGAAAAAAAUCAGGCACAUGACCGAAAAAAUGCUUGCUGAGGCUGCGUUCUGCACACCCGACUCAUCCACCUGAGAGGCAGAUGGAUGCACACAAACCCUCCAACACACCUGACUCUUCUUGCUCUUGUGGGGUCCUGAUAAUGGUGUUUCCCUCCCUCCCACAAGGCCAAGCCGCGUGUUACUCACUUGUUAUUCUCAUUGCCCGUCCGUUCCCACCCCCCUCUCGUGUCCCCACACACUAAACUGUCUCAAGAUUCUUCCCCAUUUCCCGUUAGUAGUUAUUGCAGUUUUUCUAAUGACUCCUGCCGACUGACUUAGGGCACCUAUUCCAGGGAUGGAGUGAAUACAAGAAUUGUGUAUUCGAAUACGAAUAUUUCAAAUUCCAGUGAAUGUGACGAAUUUGAAUACACUGAAAUGGCUUUAAUUCUAAUACAAAUACAAAUACUUCUUGAAAGUAUUCAUGAAUACUUUUCGUUGAAAAAUACCUUCUCAACAUAACUGGGUGGUGAGCUGUUCUGAAGUUAUGCAACAGUAAAAUGAGCUCAUGAACACACAUUCAGCAUCCACACUGGCAAGUGACAACUGAGUCAGAUUCCAGACGCCGCGCUGUCACAGUCUGCGAACCUGUGCCACUAUACAUGACGAUUACACGUCCGCCCAGCAGGAGGCUGGAGCUGUAAGGAAGAACAGGUACUAUUUCUGAUCAUAAAUUUUGAAAUAUUUGUCAGAUUACUUGCAGAAUACGAAUACUUUCCCCUGAUAUUCAAAUAUGAAUGAGAAUACUUUGAUUUCUAUUAAUAAUUAUUCAAAUACAAAUAUGAAUACACCCAAAUACGGUAUUCAAAUGUUUUAAAAUACGAAUACUGAAUACGAAUACUCCAUCCCUGACCUAUUGACACACACACAAAUUGUGAAUGAUCUCCCCAUUUUGCAUCUCCCAGAGCCCUUCACUCACUUACCAAUCCACUCACUCAUCCACCCAUUCACUCAAUCACUCACUCACCCACCCACUCACCAGCCAGUAUAUGUGUUUCUCUGCUGGUUCCCUGGAUUGUUUUCUUUCAGUCAGCCAGUCCUUGCAUUGUUCUGUUUGUUAACAUUGUAAAAGAAGUGUAAAGUUUGCCCAUUCACUCCUUUACCCACUAUGUACUAUUUUAUGCUUGUACAGUUAUCAUUGUGUGACUUCCAAUGAUGCAAUAAGUAGUCUGUUGAAAGGAGGAAGUUGACUUUUAACUUACACAAAAGGCAUCAUAGUAGUGGAGGAAGUGUAAGGGGUAACUUUUUAUCUUGUAGGCACAGCAGACUAAGACCCAUACUCUUAAACAAAUCGGCACUUCAGUUCGCCUGCUUGAAAAGUCUCUUGAAGAAAUUCCUGGGCUUUUCAAGGACUGUUUUGUGAUCCUAGUGAUGGUUUUGCAUGAUCUCUGGACCCUGAACUGGAGAACCACCCACAAAAACCUGGUUAAUCUUCUCUGUGGGCUUGGGAAAUAGCCGUCUUGGGACCCCGAUACGUUUAAGAAUAUGGACCUAAGACAUUUGAGGAUAGUUUCAAUCAUUGCCGCUCCCCGAGUGAUAUCCAUGUUCCCCUAACGGACUGUUCCGCUGUACAUAACGUUUUUAUAAUCUUCUCUCACCGGGAGUGGCACAGGUUCUCAACGAGUGUGUUUUACUUGUGGACGAAUUGCACGAGAAAUGAGACGUUGAUCCUAGAGAGCUCUGUGGUGGUGUGUUGUUUUCUGUUUGUUUAUUGUUGGUUAUGUUACAUUUUUGGGAAGGGGUUUGUAUCCUCUUAAUAUACUAGCACACAGUUGUUUGUAGUGCCGUCAACAGGAACAGCAACAGUGUCGUCUGAUAUUUACACUGCCCUAUGCAUAAUCAUACAUUCAGGUUAUAAUGAUGAGGUGGGAAAGUCAGGCUACAUAUCACAGGAAGAACAAAAAACAAGUUGUAAGGGAAAAGCGACCCUCUGUACACUGAAUCCAUGGUCAGUCUUUCCUCUUGCAACUUGUUUCUUGUUCUUCCUGGGAUCUGAAGCCUGACUCUCCCAGUGCAAACUUGGAAAUAAUGGCUUUGACCCUUACUCUUUUCUGCCAGACACCUCCAAUAUCUUACACAGAGUUCAGGGGUGAUAAGUCCUUGUUGUGGUAGAUUAUAAAGGUCACUCAUGGUAGGAUAUCCUCGUAGUGUCCUUUCUCGAACUUUAUCCUCCAUAGGACUCUAAAGUUGAAAGUCAUUGGUGGUAGGCUAACCUCACUCCCUGUCCCAUUGUAGGAGUCUAAAAUAGGAUUAUUGGUGGUAGUAUGUUCUUAAUCCUUCACUCUGUUGUCACUUUGUAGGACUCUAAAACUGGAAGACAAUCAGUAGCAGGAUUUUCUUAACUCCUUCAUUCUGUCUUCACAUUGUAGGGCUCUAAAACUGUAGGAUAUUUGGUGGCAGGAUGUUUUUACUCUAACUGUUUGUGUAUCCUAGGGAGGAAAGGUGGUGAUAAAAUGUCCUUCGGUCCCUCCACUGCUCCGAGCACAGGACGCUAAACCUUGAAACCUGUGAAUCCUGCAGAGAACAGGCGUAGGAGGACAAGGAUUAGAAUAUUGUUUGUAGGAUAUUUUUGGGUUACUAUUGUUUUUUUAACACUCCGAUAUCUCGUCUCUAACUUGAUCAGCUGCUCUUCUGUUGUCAUAUAUGUACUACACUAUCCUUCAAACCUCCUGGAAAUCAAUACAAAAGAGUAGGAGAAUAUCAUGUUUCCUCCUCUCAAGACGUGACAAGUUCGCAUCACGUCUGGAAUUUCCUCAUCGCUGAAAGAAAAUAGGAAUAAACACCUUAGAGAACAGAAGAGCAGCUGAUCAAGUACAAGACGAGAUAUCAGUGCAUUAAAUAAAACCACUCUUAACCUAUCCUUGCUCCUUCCUCCAUCUCUGCGGGACUUGUAAAAGGGAAAAAUAAAUAAAUGGAGAGAUGAACAAGUGCAAUGAUCGCCGGUGUAACGUUUGCGCUAUGAGGGAUAAAAAGGGUGGGCUAAAGGGUUGAACCAAGGGCUAAUGUUGGUUGUUUUUGCCCCCCGUGUCCUGGUGGCCCUGGGACCUGGGGUAUUGUGAUCCUGGUUGUCCAAUCACACAAAACAGUACACAAAAUUAUGGUGAUAGUGUUUCUCCAUUUUUUAGCAAAUUUUUAUGUAUCAGAUCAUUACAUGCAAAAAUUAUAUAUAUAUGUGUGUGUGUGUGUGUGCGUGUGUGUGUGUCUGUGUGUGUGUGUGUGUACCGAUUUCCAUUAAAUACUGACAGACUUAGGCAAUAUGUACCUUUGGAGUGACUGACAAAUUUAGUUUAUGCAAUAAAACUUAUUCUUGGCA